UGUGAGCGCCUCGGUGAGGCGGCGGUCACGUGUUGUUUUGCUCUUUAGUUGGGGCACUCGGUGCGCGAUGUGUUACUUACGGCGAAACUCCCGCCGGCAGCACCAGCGGCAGCGCCAGCGGUCGGGGAGCCUUAGCGGCGUCGCCGGUACUCGAGCCGGGGAGGACGCCGGGCGACCGCCAGCAGCACCCGCUGCCUAGAGGUGACAGCGGAGGAUCCCGCUGCGGCUCCGAGCACUGCGCUCUUCUACGAAGGAAUAACUUUAUUUUACCUGCUUCCCUCCGUCCUUCCUUUUUUCUUUCUUGCUUUUUUUUUUUUUUUUUUUUCGUCGCGGCGCUCGGGCUCCGGAUUCGCUCAGCGUCGGCGACAGCAGCGAGAGGAGCCGGGCGGCGCUCCCGCCGCGGGGCUGGGGAUGGCGAGCCCUGCCGUGCUGGGGCUGCUGCCCCCCCUGAGCUCCCCGCCCGGCCCCAACCUGAACAACAACAACAACAACAACCAGGGCGUCAGGAAGUGCGGGUACCUGCGCAAGCAGAAGCACGGCCACAAGCGCUUCUUCGUGCUGCGCGGCCCCGGCGGCGGCGGGGAGGAGGCGGGGGGCGCCCGGCUGGAGUACUACGAGAGCGAGAAGAAAUGGAGGAACAAGUCUGGGGCGCCCAAGCGGGUGAUCGCCCUGGACUCCUGCCUCAACAUCAACAAGCGGGCGGACGCCAAGCACAAGUACCUCAUCGCCCUCUACACCAAGGACGAGUACUUCGCUGUCGCGGCCGAGAACGAGCAGGAGCAGGAGGGCUGGUACAGGGCUCUCACCGACCUGCUCAACGAGGGCAAGGCGGCCUGCCAGGGGUCCCCCUACCGCCACCUCGCCUCCCCCUUCUCCGCCUCCUGCAGCGCGGCCGCCGCCUCCCUGGCCGCGGCCGGCGAAGACCUUAACUACGGGCUGAUCGCGCCGGCCACCGCUGCCUACCGAGAGGUCUGGCAGGUGACACUGAAGCCCAAGGGCUUGGGUCAGAGUAAAAACCUCACCGGCGUCCACCGGCUCUGCCUCUCGGCCCGCACCAUUGGGUUCGUGCGCCUCAAUUGCGAGCUGCCCUCGGUCACGCUGCAGCUGAUGAACAUCCGCCGCUGCGGCCACUCCGACAGCUUCUUCUUCAUCGAGGUGGGGCGCUCGGCCGCCACCGGCCCCGGUGAGCUCUGGAUGCAAGCGGACGACUCGGUGGUGGCCCAGAACAUCCACGAGACCAUCCUGGAGGCCAUGAAGGCGCUGAAGGAGCUGUCCGAGUUCCGGCCCCGCAGCAAGAGCCAGUCCUCCUCCUCAUCUUCCUCCGGGGGGGCCGGCGGGCCCGGCGGCAGCGGCGUCUCCGCCACCCAUCCCAUCACCGUGCCCGGUCGCCGGCACCACCACCUGGUCAACCUGCCUCCCAGCCAGACCGGCCUCCUCCGCCGUUCCCGCACCGACAGCCUCGCCGCCGGCGCCAGCACCAAGUGUACGCCGUGCCGGGUGAGAACGGCCAGCGAGGGUGACGGCUGCCGGGUGGGCUCCGCGGCCGGCAGCCCCAUGAGCCCGGGCCCUGUGCGGACCCCCCUGAGCCGCUCGCACACGCUCAGCGGCGGCGGAGGGCGGCAGGCGGGGAAGCUGCUCCCGGUGCUGGCCGGCGGUGGCGGCGGCGGGCUGCAGAGCAGCCGUUCCAUGUCCAUGCCCGCCUCCCACUCGCCCCCCUCCGCCACCAGCCCCGUCAGCCUCUCCUCCAGUAGCGGCCUCGGCUCCGAGCCUGCCCACCCGCAUCACCCUCAGCGCCCGUCCAGCGGCAGCGCCUCCGUGUCCGGCUCCCCCAGCGACGCCGGCUUCAUGUCCUUCGACGAGUACGGCUCCAGCCCAGGCGGCGACCUCCGGCCCUUCUCCUCCUCCUCCACUGCCAGCAACCGCAGCAACACCCCUGAGUCGGUGGCCGAGACCCCCCCAGUGCGGGACCCGGGGGGCGGCACCGACCUCUACGGCUACAUGGCGAUGGAGCGGCCCCCGAGUGGCCGUCUCUGCUACCGGCCCUGCCCCGACGCUGCCAGCGACAGGUGCCAUCGGAAGCGGACCUACUCCCUGACCACGCCGUGCCGGCAGCGACCCGCCGCGCCGCAGGUUUCCUCCGCCUCCCUCGACGAGUACACGCUGAUGCGCGCCACCUUCGCCGGCAGCGCCGGCCGCCUCUUCUCCUGCCAAGCCGGGGCUUCCCCCAAAGUGACCUACACCCCCUACCCGGAGGACUACGGGGACAUCGAGAUCGGUUCUCACCGCAGCUCCGGCAGCAGCAGCACCAAUCUGGGCCCGCCGGCAGUGGGGGGAGGAGGGGGAGAUGAUGACGGCUACAUGCCCAUGACCCCCGGUGUGGCCGCAUCCUUAGGGCAGGGAAGCCGGGGCAGCGAUGAUUACAUGCCCAUGAGCCCCACCAGCGUGUCUGCCCCCAAGCAGAUCCUGCAGCCCCGGGCAGGGGUGGGUAGCGGGUCCCCGGGGAACGGGAGCAGCUACAAGACCAGCUCGCCUGGGGAGAGCUCCCCUGACGAUAGCGGGUACAUGCGGAUGUGGUGCGGCUCCAAGUUGUCCAUGGAGAGCUCAGAUGGAAGGCUGAGUAACGGCGACUAUAUCAAUAUGUCCCCUCGGGACCCCCAGAAUGGGCCCCAAGCUCCCUCCCUCACCCCCCCGGACUUCUUUUUUGCCCCUUCAGGGCAUGGGUCCAGUGAGCCCCCAAAGCCCAGCUGUUAUUCAUACAGCUCCUUACCCCGCUCCUACAAGAGCCAGGGCUUGGCAAAGGACAGCGACCAGUACGUGUUCAUGAACUCCCCGGGGAGGAUGAUCCCGGAGGAGGCGGUGUGUGGAGCAGGCACCUUCGCCCCCUCCACCCACACGGUGCCUUCGCCCCUGCGGCACAGCCGGACCGAGAGCUUCCUUAGCCAGCGGUGCCAGCGGGCGGCCCGGCCGAGCCGCCUCUCCUUGGAGACCUUGCGGACGGUGCUGCCCAGCAUGAACGAGCACCCUCUGCCGCCGGAGCCCAAGAGCCCCGGUGAAUACAUCAACAUUGACUUUGGGGAUGCUGCCGUCUAUUCUCCCCCCUCGCUGCCUGCUGACAGCCCAGCCUCCUCCCUGGGGUCAGGCACGGGGCAGAGGCGCUCCCCUCUCUCUGACUACAUGAACAUUGACUUCGGGUCACAGUCACCCUCCCAGUCGGGCACGGUCUCAGUGGGCUCCUUGGAAGCUCUCUCUCCGGGUUCUUCCUCCAGCACCAGCCAGCCCAAUGGGCGCUACCUGAAGGCGGCUGUGGGGAUGGCUUGUUCGUCCAGCCCAUCGGAUGGUGGUGACUACACUGAGAUGACAUUUGGCAUGGCCACUACCCCACCUCAACCCAUUGUUCAGAAACCAGAAAGUGCCCGGGUCACCAGCCCCACGUCUGGCGUGAAGAGGCUCACCCUCUCUGGCGUGGAGGCUUUCAUUCUCUCCAGCCCUCCCCCAGACCCGAAUCGGGGGGCCAAAGUAAUCCGGGCAGACCCCCAGGGGCGGAGGAGGCACAGCUCAGAAACUUUCUCCUCCACCACCACUGUGACCCCAGUGUCCCCCUCCUUCGCACACAACCCCAAACGACACAACUCGGCCUCGGUGGAGAACGUGUCCCUCAGGAAAAGCGAAGGCCUGGAGGAGGAGCAGGGUAGCAGUCCCAUGUGCCGGGAGACCUCGGCUGGCUUCCAGAAUGGCCUCAACUACAUCGCCAUUGAUGUGGUGGAUGGGUCCUUGGCAAACUGUGACAAAUCCAGGUUGAAAGCUAGGCACCUCCUGAAUGGGGGCAUCAAUGGAGUAGAGAUGAGCACCUAUGCCAGCAUAGACUUUCUGUCUCACAACCUGAAAGAAGCCAGUGCUGUGAAAGAGUGAAGGAAUUAGUUUUCUCAUCAUGACCUCAAACAACAGAGUACAACAUUCAAAGAAGCUGCUCGGCAUAUACCUUUUUGUUUAUUUGUUAUUUUGGUUUCUGUUUUUGGGAACUGAAGCUGCUUAACGUUUACUUUUUAUUGUUGUAAGUGUUGGCCCUAACAGUUGCAUAAUUGUUGUGGGCUAAACCAUACAACAAAUCUGGGAGGAAGGGAAGGCAACCUGCCUAACUCAUUACCUGUCAUGGCAUCUGUGUUAUCAUUUUGCUGCUGUUUCGACAGAAGUUGGAGAUGCUCUUCAAGUCAUAGGAACUUUUCUGCCGGCCUCUUUAACUAAUGGCCAAUGCCUUCAUUUUCUUUUUCUUCAAAGACAAACUGUUUUUCUUCUCUGGCAUAUUAGGGGAUUCUGUAACACCUGCUGAAGCAGCAAGAUCUGGUAUUUACUGGCAUAAUUUCAAGCCUACGACAGUACUACCUCAGUUCAAAGUAAAGCCGGAUUUGCAGAGUUGGUGUGGACAGGAACUCCUUUAUCUCUGUGCUGAGUCUCUCAAGAACGGUCGCCAGCCUUACUGAACUUGCAGCUUGUACAGCUGCUGCUGCUGCUGCUGGGUUUUGAAUCACUAGCCCCAGGGUUUACUUCUCAGUCAAAGCCUAAAACAGGGCACUGAAAAGUCUAAAAUGGGAUGAAACUCUGUGAAUCAGACUUGGACAGAGGAUUCAGAGUAGUUAAAAAGUAUAAAAUGUGUAACUGAAGUAACAUAAGUUAAAAACAUCAACCUGUAUUAGGGGCAUCUCUGUACCUUUGACACACUUGUUUAAUCCUCUCUAUGUAGGUGUUUAUGUAGGUACUUCAGAUUGCAAAAGCCUUUUCUUCUAUUUACAAGCUCACUUUUUUCAGCUAACUGUUCUUAGCUGCAUUUCUUGUAACCAAAAAUCCACAUAAGCAUGCUAGGAAUGCAGGGAUGAUAAUGGGUAUCAGGCAGAUUCAAGAGCUAAUGUUAACACAGUAUUAUCUUGCCAUCUAUAGAGUCCUGAUAUUUGCCUUUUACCAAGAAAGCACCAUUGUAGCUGCAGGCACUACUGCAGGGAAGACGAACCAUUGCAGUCACUUAUCCUGAGUUCUUUUCAAGGCUAGCUGUGCAUCACAUUUCCAGUGGCCUGAAAAUCUGAGUGGUGUGGCAGCAACUGUCACAAAAGUCGCAUCCAGCUGUUGCACCAGACUAGCAGAAUGUCAUGCCACCUUGUUUCUCCUUUGCUUGAAGUGUUUGUGUACAUUUUAAGGGUACCCCACCAGUGCCUGCUCUGAUAGACAUGUAACUAUUACUAAGUUAUGAGUUAUGUGAGGCUCUUUCAUUUUUUUUUCUUUAAUCAUUGUGCUUAGUGGAACCUGUACUUCACUUUUGACAAUGCAUUAUCUUCUUUUGGGAUUUUUUUUUUCUGAGGAAGACAAGAGUCAAUGUCUUACAAAUACAACGAACGGCAAUGCAGUCUUCCUGCUUACAUGCUGAAUUUUUAGAACUGAGGAUUGUAUUACAAGACAAAGAUGAAUGUAAACUAAUUCCUUCCCUACUCCAUGGCACACUUUAUUUUUCAGUGUAAUUUUUGGGGUCUUAAAUCACAGCAAUGCUUAGGUUAAUAAAAUGUUAGAUCUAAAAUCAACUUAAAUAUCUGAUCUGAUUGAGUUUUUCUCUAAUACUAAUGCUGUAAAUGGUUCUAAGAUAUUCUAAAAUGCUGCUUGUUCAAGUCUGGAACUAAAAAAAUCCUGCAUACCUUUGACAUUUUCUGUCUGACCCCUCUCCACCCCCAACCAGCACUGAGUGUGGUACCUGCUGAAUUCAUGUUUUGAACGCCUCUAUUUUCAGAUAUCCCUCUGAAUCAAUUAAGAAAUCAUGCCACUAAAACAAAUGGCUAAACUGCAUACAACAACUUAAUAAAACAACCAACUUGACAAAAUAAUAAAAUAUUCUCUAUCCUGUAUAUUUCACAAAGGCAUAUGCAAUACUUACAUUCUUAAUUUAGUUUACAGAAUGGAACCAAAAUGUAUAAAUGUUAUGUUUGCUAAAACUUCACAAUGUAUAUUGGGUCUUUGUACAUUUUGCCUGACUUACCUUAAAUUUAAAAUAUUUUUUGCUAUAUAACCUUAACAGUUAUUAAGCAGUGUUUUCUUUUUGGGUACGUAUUGUUUCUGGAUAUCAAGAUGUUAAAUAUAUUUCUUGCUAUUGUGAUAUGACAAGAGACUUAACUUAUCUUGCUGUGUCUUCCAAUGUACACGCUGUAUAUAAGGAUAAAUGUGAUGCUGCUGGAGACCAGAAUAAAUGGAACUAGAGUAGUGUAUUGUAUUUAGUCUGUAUUGUUCAUGGAUGCUCUCCUUAAUAGCCAUAUGCAAUAAAAUACAUUAUUUAUGAAAGGAGUAAAGUAUUUGUGUGCCUAUUUUCUCUAGGGGUGAAGUGGUUUUUUCUGGUUGUUUACAUAAAAUCAGUUUUUCCCUCUUUUGAAUGGAAACAUGCUUUCUGUAAAUAAAUCUUACUGCACUGCA